AUGAUUGCCUUGGUCAUAAUAUGCGAUUGGACAGAUUAUGAUAAUCGGAUGAAGAAACUGGUGGCAAUUGUGGAUGAUCAGUUGCAGAGGAAGCGUCUUCCAUCGGUGCACCCUCACCAUUCGAUGCUUUAUCCAUUGACACAUGCCACAAGAAUAGCUAUUGCUGCAAAGCAUGCACAAUUGUGCAUUGAAAAAAUAAUAUGCGAUUGGACAGAUUAUGAUAAUCGGAUGAAGAAGCUGGUGGCAAUUGUGGAUGAUCAGUUGCAGAGGAAGCGCCUUCCAUCGGUGCACCCUCACCAUUCGAUGCUUUAUCCAUUGACACAUGCCACACGAAUAGCUAUUGCUGCAAAGCAUGCACAGCUGUGUAUUGAAAAAGUUCAAGUCUUUCAUAAAGCGCCUUAUGUCUAUCCGGAUCGAAACAGCGUCCGCAAGGGAAUGCGUCUACGUAUUGGCUAUGUGUCUUCGGAUUUUGGCAAUCACCCUACCAGUCAUUUGAUGCAGUCAAUACCUGGCAUGCACAACCGUGACAAUGUUGAGGGGUUGCAUGUGAUAGAUUCUGUUUUGCGGGAACCCAAUGUGAAAGUAUGA